AUUGUUCCCGAAGUAAUUUUUUUUUAUUGAACGACGACAAUUGAUUUUACCAAAUAAGGCCUAUUUUUCGCUGUUAGGACAUCGACCGACAGAUGCGGCGCAGUCUGUAGUCUGCUCAGUCGUUCACAGCCCACAACCCGCGGAUUUACAAUCAACUGUUAACGCAGAUUUCUCCCUGGGAUACAUUUCUUUCCCAUUUUUAUAUACUUCAAAUAUGCGGUGGUUUUUAUAUCCAAACAUGGUGUAGCUAAGCUUUCUGACCUGUGAGGCAGCAACAGCCCACCAGCUCUGAGUCAGGAUGUCCAGUAGCUCGGGCUAUCCCCCUAGCCAGGGGAGCUUCAGCAGUGAGCAGAACCGAUACCCAUCACACUCUGUCCAGUACACCUUCACCGGCACACGCCACCAACAGGAUUUCCCCAUGCCAGACUAUCGUACACACAUGCAGGACCCACAGGGUCGGAGAAGACCCUCCUUAUUGUCUGAGUUCCACCCGGGAACUGAAAGGCCUCCAGAGAGACGCCAUGGCUACGAGCAGCAGUUUCACUCCAUCACAGCCCAGGCAGAUCAUGAGGCCUUGGAGGCUAAGCGGCCUCGCAUGGAGACUGUUCCUGAAGCCCACAUCUCCCGGACUCCUCCCACUGCUGGGGGGAUGGUGCUGCCCAUGCCUCAUUCUGUACAGGACAGUUUAAGAGCCACUAUGGAGAUCAAAAAGGAGCCUCAGUUUUCUGUCAAAGUGGAGUCCCAGUCCCCAGGAGUACCUACGCUGCACAUGGGGGACGAGCAGGACACUUCACCUUCUAAACUCUCCAAGGAGGAGCUCAUCCAGAGCAUGGACCGUGUGGACAGGGAAAUUGCUAAAGUAGAGCAGCAGAUUUCAAAGCUGAAGAAAAAGCAGCAACAACUCGAGGAGGAAGCAGCAAAGCCGGUGGAGCCAGAGAAGCCGGUGACCCCUCCCCCUGUGGAGCACAAGCACCGCAGCAUAGUCCAGAUUAUCUAUGAUGAGAACAGAAAGAAAGCUGAGGAGGCCCAUAAAAUUCUGGAAGGUCUUGGUCCCAAGGUUGAGCUGCCGCUGUACAACCAGCCAUCAGACACAAAGGUCUACCAUGACAACAUCAAAACAAAUCAAGUCAUGAGGAAGAAGCUAAUUCUGUUCUUUAAAAGGAGAAACCACGCCCGUAAACAAAGGGAGCAGAAGAUCUGUCAGCGCUAUGAUCAGCUAAUGGAGGCCUGGGAGAAGAAGGUGGAACGCAUGGAGAACAACCCCAGACGCAAAGCCAAGGAGAGCAGAACACGGGAGUACUACGAAAGGCAAUUCCCCGAAAUCCGCAAACAGAGAGAGCAGCAGGAGCGCUUCCAGAGAGUUGGACAAAGAGGGACGGGUCUUUCUGCAACAAUUGCAAGAAGUGAGCACGAGAUUUCAGAAAUCAUCGAUGGCCUUUCUGAGCAGGAGAACAAUGAGAAACAGAUGAGGCAGCUAUCAGUCAUCCCUCCCAUGAUGUACGACUCUGAGCAGAGACGGGUGAAGUUCAUCAACAUGAACGGCCUGAUGGAUGACCCAAUGAAGGUGUACAAAGCCAGGCAGUUUAUGAAUGUUUGGACCGAACACGAGAAGGAGAUCUUUAAGGAGAAAUUUUUUUCCAGGUUCAUACAGCACCCCAAGAACUUCGGCUUGAUUGCCUCUUAUCUGGAAAGGAAGUGCGUUGCUGAUUGUGUCCUGUUCUACUACUUGACCAAAAAGAACCAGAACUACAAGACAUUGGUCAGACGAAGACGAAAAGGAAAGCACCAACCAACACCACGUCCUUUACACGAAGACAAGUCAGAAGACAAGAACGAAGAGGAUAAGUCGGAGAAGUCAGAGAAAAACGAGGACGAGGAGAAGAAGGACGAGGAAGAGAAAGAUGAAAAGGAGGAUUCUAGGGAGAUUGGCAAGGAAAAAGACAAGUGUGACGGUGUGGAGGACGAGGACGGAAAGGAGCAAAACACGCCGCGUGGCAGGAAGGCAGCCAGCAGCCAGAGCCGCCGUAACAGAAGAGUCGUCACACGCUCAAUGGCCAAUGAGACUGCAUCUGUUGCAGCUGAGGACGCACCCCCUCCUGCCCCAGAGUCCGCCCCGCCAGAUCCUUCACAGCUCCCUAAUUCUGAUCAAGCACAAAAGGCCAUGAAGGAGCCUGCAAAAGCUCUAACUCCAGUAACCUCAGCUGAUGCUAAUAAAGCUGGUGCCGGUGAAACCGGAGAAACUUCUCGCUGGACCGAGGAAGAGAUGGAAGUCGCCAAAAAAGGGUUGGUUGAGCAUGGCCGAAACUGGACAGCAAUCGCUAAAAUGGUGGGCACCAAAAGUGAAGCGCAGUGCAAGAACUUUUAUUUCAAUUACAAGAGACGUCACAACUUGGACAACCUACUCCAACAGCAUAAGCAGGAUUCUCGGAGGGCCCGCGCUGAUAGGUCUCAAGGGGAAGGCCAGGCCACGGCAACACCUGAUGAUGACGAGGACAAUGCAGAAGAUAGUGAAGGUGGAGACCACAGCUCCGAUACAGAGAGUGCCUCCUCUCCCUCUCAGACCGACUCCUCAAAAUCAGGUGACUCCAAGAAGCCAGACAGCACCACAGCGGAUGCUCAGGGCACAGACCAGGACAAAGGUCAGGCCAGCUGUGCAAAGGCUGCAGAGACUUCGUACGGAGGACUCAACGUCAAGCAAGAGAAAAGCCCAGAAAGCGAGCUUGGAUCCCAGGAGGAGAAAGUCAGAAUUGCUGCUUUUCCUGGUCCGGUGCAUCCUAAAACAGAACCUCAAGAUGUGGACAUGAAGGCUGGGGAAAUUCAAGUCAAGAUGGAGCCUGAGAUCAAGGAGAAAGGAGAAAAGGGAGAUCAGGGUGAAAGGCAGAGGGAGCUCCACUCAGAUAAUGACUCAAGCGCCACCUGUAGUGCUGAUGAGGAUGUGGAGGCAGAAUCUGAUCGACCGAGAAACUAUCCACUGGAAAAACCGUCGUUGCUCAACGCUCCAGGCUCCGUACUCGUGUCCUCACCCAAACAAGCUCAGCUCAGCAUCCAGCAAAUGGAGCAGCGAGCGGCCUCCAUCCCCCCCAUGGUGCCUGGUCCUUAUGGCCCCGGCGGAGUGUCCAUCACCGGUUUAACCAUGUUUCAGCACCAGAUCAAAGCAGUGCAUGACUCGGCACACCAAGAAGAGAAGCAGAGGCAGGAUCAGGGAGACCUGGAGCGCAGACCCCCGUUCAGCACUCGCAGUCCUACCAUUCUGGACAGAGAUGGUAAGCCGUUACCCCCCAUGCCUUAUGACAUGAUGCUGGCUCUGGACCCGGAGGGUCACUCUGGUCAGCCAGGCUCUCCCUACAGACUCUCCCCCAGGGAGCUGAGCAAGGCCCCCUCUCAGCCUGACCCCAACGCCCCCAAUGCUUCUUACUACAGUGUGCCACCAGUCCUCCACCCUGCUCCCAACCAGCUGGUUCAGGGUGUAAAUGAUGGAGUCCGCGUGACGUUCAGCAGACCCAGCCGACCUCCCAACAUUCCCUCUCCUCCUCCACUCAUUCCAACCGCCAAGCCCACAGACAAGCCUUCCUUCAUCCAUGGAGGCUCCAUCUCUCUGGGAACUCCUGGCACAUAUUUGCCCUCCCAUGCUGUCUACGGACCAGAGGGGACUAAGAGCUCAGUGGGCUCCAUCUCUCUGGGUCUACCUCGGCAGAUGGAUCCCAACAAGCCUGGCUCCUCAGUUUCAUCCAUGCAAGAUGGCAGAGAAAACUCUGCAAAGGUUGGUGAGGGCCUAGCUUACAGAGGAUCAAUUACUCGGGGCACUCCAGCGCUUUCCCAGUCCAGCAUUGCUGCUGACAUCCUGAAAGGCACGAUCACCAAGAUCGUUACAGAGGACCUGAGCAGCCCAGAUAAGUCCAGGGGAGAGCAGGUGGCCAAAGGCCACGUCAUCUAUGAAGGCAAAAGCGGUCACAUCCUCUCUUAUGAUGGUGUAAAGAACCCCAGGGAGAGCACGCGAAGCCCUCGAACGGGCCACGAGCUGAAACGUACCCAUGACAUGAUGGAGGGACCCAUGAGCAGAGGGCACCCUGUUAGGGAGGGAGCUCCAUUUGAGGGGUUGAUUAGUAGAGCUUUACCAAGGGAAAGCCACCAUGUAGACUCCAAGGAAAGACCAUUGAUCACUGGUUCAAUUAUGCAUGGGACACCAAGAACAGCUGCAGAUCCUUAUGAGGAUGCUAUCAAGUAUGCAAAACAGAUAAAGACAGAAAGCCCACCCAUCAGAUCUUAUGAUGGAGCUAUUGCCAAGAACGUCAGUACUAUCAAGGAAAUGGGGCGUUCUGUUCAUGAAAUCCCCAGUAAGGACCAGCCCGGUCCAGACAUGUGCAAGACUCCUGACCUUCCUGACAGGAGAGUAAUGGAGGGCGCCAUAUCUCAGAAUUACUCCCUGGGCCAGCCUACCAUCAAACACAAUGUCAAGUCACUGAUAACCAGUCCCAACAAGCUUCCCCACAGCAUGCCCCAACUCGAGGCGAUGGAGAGGGCCAAAUACGAGGAGAGCAAGGCCAUACGUCACACAUCUGUGGUCAACUCCACCACCUCUGUCUUGAGAUCCACACACCAGGAGGCUGUAAAAGCCCAGCAUAGCCCAGGCAUGUACGAGGACACCAAUGCUCGUAGGACCCCUGUGAACUACAGCACCAAUCCUGUUUCCAGAGGCUCCCCCAUGCUGGGACGCACUUCAGAGGGUGGCAUGAAUUCCACAAAAUCCACUGCACAUGAGAGAAAGAGUACCAUGACCCCAACUCAGAGGGACAGUAUCCCAGCCAAGUCUCCGGUGUCAGGAGGAGACCCUGUAGCUUCUCACAGCCCCUUUGAUCCCCACCAUCGGCCUGUGGUUCCUGGAGAGGUGUACCGACCUCAUCUGCCUCCACAUCUGGACCCUGCUCUAGCCUACCAGAGAGUUCUGGAUCCUGCGUUCAUAUUCCCCAGGCAGCCCUCGCCAACAGGCUACCACAACACCUACCAGUUGUACACCAUGGAGAACACACGGCAGACCAUUCUUAAUGACUACAUCACUUCCCAGCAGAUGCAAGUCAUCCCUCGUCCUGACAUGGCCAGGGGUUUGUCUCCACGGGAACAGCCUGUUGUCAUCUCUCGAGGGAUUGAUCUAGCCCAGAUGCCUCCAACUAUCCUGUUGCCUCACCAUGGGGGAACAGGUACUCCUACUUUGGAACGCACCGCCUACCUCACUGGAGCUCAACCCCCUUUCCCUCUUAGAGCUUUCAACCCAACUUCCAUAUUGUCAGGCCAUCCAGCUCAUCUAGCUGCAGAGAGAGAGCGGGAGAGGGAGCAACAGGAGAAGGAGCGGGAAAAGGAGAGGGAGCAGCGGGAGAGGGAAAGGGAGCGUGAGCGGGAAAUGCGAGAGCGGGAGCGAACUAAUGAAUAUAUUCGUGGAGGUGCAGCCGAGCAGCAGCCAGGCCGGCCCAGGAGCCGAGGGUACAUGCACCCUCCUUCUCCCUCGCUCAGGACCCAGGAUGUAGUAGUUCAGCAGCGGCCGAGCAUCUUCCAGGGAAAGAGUGUCAUCACCUCUCUGAUGCCUCAUCCACCUACAUCAACAUCAGCGUCACAGAGCAGCUCCCGCUACAGUACAGCAGCUGAUGCUUUGGCUGCUUUGGUGGACGCAGCAGCUGCUGCUCCACAGAUGGAUGUCGCCAAGGUGAAGGAGAGCAAGCACGAAAGGGACGAUGAAAUGUCCUCGCCAGCUGCGUCACGACGAGCACAAAAUCUCUCUGAGCAGCAGCAGCAGGAGGCGGACAGACGGUCACUGCACUCACCGUAUAACGCCAUGCCUCUACCUGGCGGUAAACCCCACCCAGCUUACACCGAUGGCACCGGGGUUGUGUCAAAAGAAAAAGUUCCUCAAACAAAGGCCCGCAUCGAAGAGGAGCUCCGGACUCACGGAAAGACGACCAUGACAGCCGCUAGCUUCAUCGACGUCAUCAUUACGCGCCAAAUAGCUUCAGACAAGGAUUCUCGUGAGCGAGGCUCUCAGAGCUCUGACUCCUCAAGUAGCUUGUCAUCUAGUCGCUAUGACAAUGCUGCUGGAGGAGCCAUUGAGGUGAUCAGUCCUGCUAGUUCACCUGUCCAAGUCCAGCAGGAUAAACCAGAGGAUGUGCAGCAGCAAGCAGCAGUUGGCUUGCGUCCGUUUGAGAUGAGUCGUUACCGGUCGUCAGGGGAACAACCUCCACCUCCUUCCUCCCAGGCAGACAGCUACUCACAGGUCCCCAAAACUCACAGGGUCAUGACCUUGGCGGACCACAUUUCACAUAUAAUAACCCAGGACUUUGCACGGAAUCAAGACCCCCCAGUGUCCUCCUCAGCGCCUGCGUCCUUCCAGAGCGCCACGCCACCAGUGUCCUCUUCAGGGCGAGUCAAAGCACCAAACCGAUACAGUCCUGAGAACCAGGUCCAGGCCCCACACCACCAGAGACUCUCUAGCAGGGUUUCUCCAGAAAACAUCCCUGACAAGCCCAGAUCCAGGCCUGGCAAGUCUCCAGAACGAGGCAGGCAGAUGGAGAACUAUGAGCCCAUUUCUCCGCCUCAAGUCUAUCAAGGCAUGGACAAACAAGAGGCGGGUGGAGUCCCAUCCCAGAGACGAGAGGCUGACAACUCUGAGAUUAGGGGUGACUCGAGGUCUCCGGGCAGUGUCAGCUACCUGCCUUCUUUCUUCACCAAGCUGGAGAACACCUCGCCCAUGGUUAAAUCCAAGAAGCAGGAAAUCUUUCGUAAGUUGAACUCCACCUCUGGUGUUGGUGAUUCUGACGUUGGAAAUGCACAGCCAGGCACAGAGAUCUUCAACUUGCCUGCUGUAACUAGCUCCAGCAACAUCAAUCCAAGGAACCAGUCCUAUAAUGACCCAGCAAGUAACCUGGGCUUAGAGGACAUUAUCCGUAAGGCUUUAAUGGGGAACUUGGAGGAGAGGCCAGAUGAGCACCAGGGAGGAGGAGGGCCCAUUUCCAUCAACAACUCAUCAGUCACGGGCAGUGACACCCGGCAGGAGGCCACCCUGUCUCCUAGUAUGGGAAAGCAGAAGCAGAGCAAAGUAAACAGCCGCAAAUCUAAGUCGCCUAACCUGGGUCAGGCCUACGCUGGAGGGGAUCGUCCCUCAUCAGUGUCCUCCAUUCACUCUGAGGGUGAUUAUUACCGACCAACUCAACCUGCGUUGAGCUGGGACGAUCGACCCUCGUCAACAGGUCCUAUGCAGUUUCCCUACAACCUGCUGAACAUGCGGAUGAUGACCAGCGCUCCACCCACCUCUAUCGCCUCUCCCUCUAUACAGAGCCAGCAGCAGCAGGCACCUCCAACUGAAGCACCUGUGGCCCAGCCGCGAGUGUGGCAGUCUCUGCUGUCAGAACAAUACGAGACCCUGUCUGACAGUGACGACUGAGGUCUGCUUGCUCCAGCUCCCAGUUACCAGAAGAGAGGCCUACGCUGAGGCUGGCCGGUUCACACCCCUCUCUUUGGAGAGUGUGACAAGCUGAUGAGGCGGUGUCAUUUUUAUUUUUGGUGCUAUAGUGCCCCCUGCUAUUAGUGAGCAGUACAAGCAGCAGCAUGGGGCAGGCAGGGCUCUCUGGAACAUGACUUGCUUUUCCUCCAGAGUCUUGCACCCAGCCUGUCGGAGUAAUGACAGAGAGGAGACGGCGUUGGCUGUUGUCAAGCGGAAGAACUUAAUGUGUAAAAAGAAGAAAAAACAUAAGAAGCUAUUUCUGAAUUGUGUCUGAUUUCUGUAAAGAUACCUUGUCUUUAAGAGAAUUGUAUGUAAAUAGAGUAACCUUUUGCAGUGUUUUUCUUAACUUGGUUAUUUCUUAUUUUAAUGUUGCUUUUAAAUGGAUCCACCUUGAAUAGGAGGAGCAGAUGUGUAAUUUUUAAUAGUGCAGUUGCUCUCCCAGUCCAGCGCCAACCAACUCAACCCAGAUUUUUUUUUUUUUAUUUUUUUUUUGCUGUUAAACUGGUGCGACGCUUCGAGAAUCCAGACCUGUGGUUUGUACUUGACCCUUAGCCGAUUAUAAAGUGCGCCACGCUGCUCGCCACCCACCAAGCACCACCAGAGCCUGAACAAUUUUCACAUCAGGAGGGCGAAACAAAAGCGUAACGUUUGGAACAGCAUCAGUCAGGUGAAUGGAUUGUAACUAACAGAUGGUAGAGGUAACCUGUCGCCCCGUUACAGCAGAGACGAGGUGAGAACACUGGUGUCACAGCAGAAUGGUGAAAAGUCUGAAAUAAGCUUUCUGGAGAAAUAUGACUACUUCUGGACCCCACCUCGGUAAUGAACGUGAGCCAAUGAAUUGUUUUUAUUUUAUUCUUGCUUCAUUUAUCUUCCUUUAAGAGAGCUGACUAUGCAGCGUGUCAACCCAGAGUAACUUUUAUUGUUUCAAGAUGUCAGGAAGGGUUAUUAAUUUUUUUCUUUCAAGAGGGAUGCUUUAGCCAUGCCUUGCUAGUUGAGAGAAGGCAGCUUUAACACAUUUUCUCAGAGAUAUAUGUUGGUGUUUGAUGUUCAUAUUUGUUUCUAUAGUCCCUCUUUUUAAUUUUUCUUUAUUUUGCUGUCCUGACAAAAAUCUGAACUCUGUAAAUUGUCUUUCCAUGACACAAUAAGAUGAGACUAACCAAACCUAAAAAAUGGUCUGCACCAUUGUUGCACUUUUGAUUGCUCUGUGGCUUUUGAACAAGACGAAGCAUUCUACCUGCUGUGUAACUUAUUCAACUUCCAGCCCAGGACUAUACUAAGAUGUGCUUUAACUUCUCCCAUCACUCAUCUGGAUGAUUUUUACUUCCUGUCUUUUCUUGCAGCUUGGUACAUGACCAUUUUUCCUGUUGACACAUGCAUCAGAGUAAGUUUUAGGUGCAUGGUACCGUUACAUCCUUUAGGAGUUAGCUGUCAUGGUGAUUCAGAGCCUUGAUCACUUAUUCUCUGCUUUCAUUGUGUUGGACAGCACAUACGAUUUCUUCUAGGUCAGCAUCAUAAACGACUGUUUCUUUUUUUUAAUAUGUGACAAAUAAUUCUAACUUUCACUCUACUCGGUUAACAGAUUUGUUCUUUAAACUUGAUGUUUCCUUUAUCAAUUAAUUAUUAUGAUUUACAAAUGUUGUCAUGGCACACACUCAGAUUUUUAUUUUGUUGGUUGUGUUCUCCAUCCUGCUGUGAUGGGGUGUUAUGUGUUUACAGGCGUAAUAAAAAAAACAAAUAGAAGUUUACAAACUUGAAUCUUAAAGGAAUCUGACAUGAAGCAGAGAAAAAGUAAGAAUUUGAAGCAUAUAUCAGCUCUAUUAAACACACAGUGGUGACAUUUACUUUGUCGUUUUUUGAAAUUGAGACUUGAACCCCCCAUGUAUUAUGUGAUGUUAAAAUGCAUUGUUUGUAUCGCACAAUGUCUCUUAGUAGGCUAUUACAAAAGUUCAGACCAAUCAAAUAAAGUGGAUCAGUUCUCCACUGAAUUGUAGGUGUAAAGGUGUGCUAUAUUAUAUUUGAUUGCAUUUUUUGUUUGUUUUAUUUUUGACAGCACACUGUCCUGAUGCUUGGUUUCUGAGCUGUUCUCGACUAUUCACUUGGACUCUUAUCAGCAAAUCCAUGAAAUAUCAAAUGAAACCAUGUCAUAAGUUGCAAUAUAAUAAAUGCAGUCUCUAAUGUUUUUUUUAA